UAUCGAAUUCACCGCGAAAAUUCAAACCACCCAGGCGAUCUAUAGUUGCCGUUUAUUUUCAUCACGAUCCGUCGGAAAUUAUACGCGCAUACGCGUACGUUGUGGAGCGAGAUUCAGCGAGAAACCUUUUCAACGUUCGAUUUUUGUCGCAACAUUCGCUCGUUCCAACGAAAAUGACGCAUUUAAAGGCAGAUGUACAACGAGUCUGGCUACCAUAAGAGCAGCAGCUCCGUCCACCGUAACCUCUACGCCGGGCAGAUCGAGUUUACCGCCAUGAUCUGAUCCGCUAUCGGUGCCGCCAGAAAUAUCAAUAUUUAAGAUUACAUACGACCUUCAUGUGCACGAUUGUUUACAUCGCUAGGUAUGGAAUGGCAUGAUAUAUCGUUCCUUAAAAGAUACGGCUGUCGCAUUCCAGUCGACCGGUCAGUAUGGCUCGACAUAAUCGCCAGGCAGACUUAAGGAAAAGGAUGUCGCGAACCUUAUAAACGCCGAUUUUUCGUCAAACAUGUAAACUCUCUCCUACGACGCACACUACGACGACGUACACGUAUAUUUACAUAGGUCUAUAUAUAUAUAUACAUAAACAUAUACAUAUAUGUAUAUAUAUGUAUAUUUAGAUGACUGUAAAUAAUGGUGUUUUGGGCCAUCGUUUAUUUGAUAGCGAUAUUUCUGCGCUUCAGUUCCACACAAGCAAGAUCAGAGUCGCAUGGUUAUUGCGCCCCGUACAGCGGAGAGAUCUGUAAGAAAUAUCUUGCUGGCAUUGGAAAGGUAUGGUUCAACGAUUCCAAGGAUAAUCCUGGUGGAUUAUUGAACGAGCAGAUCACCAUAGAUCUUUGGGACGAGUUGAUAUUAAAACUGGGGGAACCAUGUCGCUCAGCAGCAGAGAAAAUGCUGUGCAUGUACGCGUUCCCGCUAUGUCACGAAUCAGUAGGCCUACCCUUGUGUUACGAAGACUGCAUGGCUAUACGCCUGCAGUUCUGCUUCACCGACUGGGCGAUCAUCGAGGACAACAAGCAACGAAACAUUUACAUUCGCUCACGCGGACACUUUGUGCUGCCAGAAUGUGAGAGUCUACCCAAAGUGAAUAAAACGGUGCCUACGUGCUCGCACGUACACCUGACCGACAUGGACGAGGAGGAUGUAACUUAUGAUUGCAUCAGAGGCAACGGUAGAUUUUACAUGGGGAAGGUGAACAAAACGAAAUUCGGCCUGAACUGCCAGUCGUGGAGCGCGCAAAUACCACACAGCCACGACAAGCCUCCCGACGUUUUCCCGCAGAUUCGUUACGGUGAGAAUUACUGUAGAAACGCGGGCGGUGACGAGCCAAUGCCAUGGUGCUUCACAACUGAUAAUUCAAUACGCUGGCAGCAUUGCGAUAUUCCUGUAUGUGAUAAUGUUACGAGUAAAGUACCAGACGUUGAACCGAAGGACCCAGAGAUGGAAAUGCUGGUCACCCCGGCGAUGAUAUUCAUGCUAUCGUUCGUGGGCUUCGCAAUCGCAGUCGGCAUAUUCCUGUUCAUCUUGUUCAUCCUGCUGAGCCAAAGACUGCACAAACGCCAACGGGGCUACAAUCCGACCGAUAAUCAAGACGUGAACAUCGACCUAGACAAGCUGCCCAAUAACGAGGCCUACCACAAGACGAGCGCUCAGCUGAACCCGAAGCUGGAGAAACUCGAGUUCCCGCGGAACAACAUCAUUUACGUGCGCGAUCUGGGCCAGGGUGCGUUCGGCCGCGUUUUCCAAGCGAAGGCGCCGGGCCUGGUGCUGGGCGAGGAAUUCACCAACGUCGCCGUGAAGAUGUUGAAGGAGGAGGCGUCGGACGACUUGCUGGUGGACUUCGAACGGGAAGCCUGUCUGCUCGCCGAGUUCGACCACCCGAACAUCGUGAAGCUGCUCGGCGUAUGCGCCUUGGGACGGCCCAUGUGCCUCUUGUUCGAGUACAUGGGUCGCGGCGAUUUGAAUGAAUUCUUGCGCUCUUGCUCGCCGAGCAGCUACGUCAUCCGUAGCACGCAGGACCGCGAGGAUGGCAGCGGUGCGGACUCGCGGCUCUCGCACAUGGACCUGAUCAACAUCGCGCUGCAGGUGGCGUCCGGCAUGGUGUACCUGUCCGAUCGGAAGUUCGUCCACCGCGAUCUCGCUACGCGGAACUGCCUGAUCAACGACCAGAUGAUCGUGAAGAUCGCGGACUUUGGGCUAUCGCAGAAGAUCUACCUGCAAGACUACUACAAGGGCGACGAGCAGGACGCCAUACCCGUGAGGUGGAUGCCGCUCGAGAGCAUACUCUACAACAAGUACACCGUCGAGUCGGACGUUUGGGCGUUCGCCGUGUGUCUCUGGGAGAUCUUCAGCUUUGCGCUGCAGCCGUAUUACGGGAUGACGCACGAGGAGGUGGUCAAGUACAUCAAGGAAGGCGAUGUGCUGCGCUGUCCCGACAACACGCCACAGUCGAUAUAUUACCUGAUGAAGCUCUGCUGGAACAGGCGACCGUCCGACCGGCCCACCUUCCGCACCAUCUACCAGACUCUCGACGGCAUCAAGCACGAGCUGGAGGCGGAGAACAAGUCGGACAGCGUACCGCUGCGAAUUCGCGUGUGAACGUCGGGCUGACGUUGAGGACGACGCUGACGACGACGACGAUGGUAUUAUCGGCCUCUCUCUUUCUCUCUCUCUCUCCCUCUCUCU